AACACAGUUUCUUCUCGUUCUCCUUCCAUUUUGUUUUCACACAAAAGUGAAAAAAAUAUCCGAAAAAGCAACAGACGCGUAUUCCGACCGAUCAACAAAAUUUCCACUAUACAGUACAUAUAAUCAUUAGAGAUCAUUUAAGCCGUUCCGCCACGAAGCGCGCAAAAUUAGGGCACCGUAUACCAAAUAGCGGAUAGCAUCCAUAUAGCAUCCUACAUAGCCAUGGCGCAGAAUAUCAGCCCCGAACAGAGUGGAGCAGGAGGCGGGGGCACCAAGCAUAGCGAUGACUCUUUGCCCGUGAAAGACAAUCACGCCGUGAGUAAAAGACUGCACAAGGAACUGAUGAAUCUGAUGAUGGCCAACGAGAAGGGCAUUUCGGCGUUCCCGGACGGCGAGAACAUCUUCAAGUGGGUGGGCACCAUAGCGGGUCCUCGGAACACCGUGUACUCGGGGCAGACGUACCGCCUGUCUCUGGACUUUCCCAACUCCUACCCGUACGCGGCGCCCGUGGUAAAGUUCCUGACGUCCUGCUUCCAUCCCAACGUUGAUCUGCAGGGCGCCAUCUGCCUGGACAUCCUGAAGGACAAGUGGUCGGCCCUAUACGAUGUGCGCACCAUUCUGCUGUCCAUUCAAUCCCUGCUGGGAGAGCCGAACAACGAGAGUCCACUGAAUGCGCAGGCCGCGAUGAUGUGGAACGACCAGAAGGAGUACAAAAAGUAUCUAGACGCCUUCUAUGAGAAACACAAGGACACCUAGAGUUCGGCAAUUCCAGUCCAAUCCUAUGCUCAUAUUGCGGCGUAUUUAUUUACAUAUAGUGCAAGCAACUCCAAUCAUCCGACCCUACUGCCAAUCAUCAUCAAUCACCACCGUAUCACCGAACCAAUUCAACAUCGUUUAAUGCUGAUAUUUCCUUGGCAAAGAACCCCGUGCAUUUCUUAUGUAAUUGUCGAUCGAUAGACGGAAAAUAUGGUUUUAAUUCUCAUUUUUUUCCUCCCCACAAAUUAA